AUCCGAGUCCUGCGCAGUUCAGUGUAUCUGAGCUGUCGGCAGGUCUGGGAACUGCAGGUCUGUCGGGGCUGCAUGCGGCUCUGUCAUUGGAGGAUGAGGUGAGCCGUGACGUCAGGAUUGUAAACGGUCAAACACCCGUAUGUACUCGCAGAUUUCUGUCCUGUACACAGUGGAAACAUGUCGGGAAGGAGAGAGCCUAGCGGAGGAACUGUGUUCAAGAAAUCCACACCUGAGACAUAAACUUCACGUUAACUGGUCAGGGCGGACGGUGGCGUUUUAUGCGAAUUAGCAACUGUUUGGGCUAACGUUACUAUUUCACGGAAGCGGGCCAGUCGGGAUCGAAUGGACGGAUAAAGACAGACAGCCGGGGCUUGAUCCGAAGAAGUAUCCUAGCAGGCAGGCGGCCGGGCCGGGUAGAGAGAGGAGGGACAGCGUGUGCGUACUCAAAACAAGACGGGGUUGCUCCUUGCUAGGGGAUGUUAUCCGUACUGUCUUAUGGCAGACUGGUAGCCAGGGCUGUCCUGGGCGGACUCUCUCAGACGGACGGUCGGGACUACAGCCUGAUCAGCGCCAGUUAUGGCUUCGGUAAAGACUUUCGCAAGGGGAUCCUGAAGAAAGGGAUGUGCUACGGAGAUGAUGCCUGCUUCAUUGCGCGGCACAGGACCGCAGAUGUUUUGGGUGUUGCAGACGGUGUAGGUGGUUGGCGUGACUAUGGCGUCGACCCAUCUCAGUUCUCCGCCACCUUAAUGAGAACCUGUGAGCGACUGGUGAAGGAGGGACGCUUCACUCCAAGUAAUCCAGUGGGUAUCCUGACCUCUGGCUAUUAUGAGCUUCUACAGAACAAAGUUCCCCUGCUGGGAAGCAGCACAGCCUGUAUCGUGGUUUUGGAUCGGCGGAGUCACCAACUACACACGUGUAACCUUGGUGACUCGGGCUUCCUGGUGGUUCGGGGUGGAGAGGUGGUUCAUCGCUCAGAUGAGCAGCAGCACUAUUUUAACACGCCGUUCCAGCUGUCCAUCGCUCCUCCAGGAGCUGAAGGGGUGGUGCUCAGUGACAGUCCUGAAGCAGCUGACAGCUCCUCCUUUGACGUACAGCUUGGUGACAUCAUCUUGACGGCAAGCGAUGGCCUCUUUGACAACAUGCCAGACUACAUGAUUCUUCAGGAGCUCAAAAAACUUAAGGUGUUGCAUCUGGAUACUACCAACUAUGACAGUGUCCUGCAGACUGCACAGAGUAUUGCAAAGCAAGCUCACAACCUUGCCUAUGACCCCAACUAUAUGUCCCCUUUUGCACAGUUUGCCUGUGACAAUGGCCUGAAUGUAAGAGGGGGGAAGCCAGAUGAUAUCACGGUGCUGCUCUCCAUUGUGGCUGAAUAUACAGACUAAAAGUGUGUGUGUGUGCUUCUCUGGGGCUGGUCCUUCCUUCCUGUCUGCCUGAGUCUUCCACCCGCAGCCCUCCCAAAAUGCACUGCAUCCUGUGGGCUGACAGGGGAGGCCCAACAACACAACGCACACUCCUCGCUGCGGGGCUGACGUCCACCCGUGUACAUUUUGUUUUCUUCCUGUUUUGUUUUGGUGCUUGAACGGUUGAGGGGAAUCAGGCAGCUAGGACAUUUUCAUGUUGAUCAUGAUGCAGGAGGAGCUGAGUGCGACAGGGCUGAGGGCUGCCUUUCAGUCUCCCAUGUCUCAAUGCGUGGCAUCAACACUUUUUAGGUGAUAUGACUAAGAGACAGUGCGGGACAGUUUGCUUUGACUGAGGGCUUUAAAACCUGGUGGCCCUCGUGUAUUAAAAAAAGUGAUAUUAUAAGAGGAGUAAGCCAUGGUUUGGGAUUCUUUAGAGAGUAAUGAUAGAGUUGACUGUUGAACCCAGCUAUCUGUCUCUGUUGUCCCGGUUGUUAAUCUGUUCCUUGUUGUGUUUGAACAAAGCAUAUAGAUGGACGGAGGAAGCUGAUGUUGGGAAUGGAUGGGUGUUAUUAGAGUGAGAUUUAAGAGGAUUUCAGUGUCUUGGGUUUUGGAAAUGUGAACGAUGGGAGAGCUAACUAGUAAUUGCUCAGAUCAAAGAAAUCUGUAAAGGGAAACAAUAACACUUGUUAGAGAUUACAUAUGAAGGUUGAUCAGGUUGUGUCACUUGGCUGGGGGAUCUGUCGGUGCGCACAUCCUGAUACGUUGUAAAUAUUUGUGUGUUUUUUAGGGCUACAUUCUGGCCUUUCUGUUGUCUUUGCUUUGGUUGUUAAAGCAAAGAGCUAUUUCGUUAUUAUUGUGGAAGAUGUACACAUGCAUUCAUAAAUGUAUUUUCUUGUACAGAUGUUGAUCUUGAAGUGAGCUUUAUCAAUCCCACACUUCCACUUGCUGAAAUGAACAAGAAGAUAAUUGCUGAGAUUGAUCGCUGCAGCAGUUGUGUGGAAGUGAGGGAUGUUAAGUGUGUGUGUGGGGGGGUUAUUGGAAUGUGUGUAUUUAAUGUUCAUAUUUGUUAUCUCACAGAGCUAAAGCUAGCGUCUGGGAAUGCUUACAAUUGCAAUGAUAGGUCAGGCGUGAAUUUAAAGGAAAAGAUGUAUUUUUUUUUUAACGUUUAGUUUUGAAAGUAAGAGUUUCAAGUGUUGGCAUGUGUUGGAAUAUGUGUGAUGGAUGACGACGAUCCCGCUAUCUUAACAAGAAUGAGGUGUGUGUGAGAGAUUUGUUUUUAUUUCUCAGUUCCUUAUUUCCCUUUACAUUUGUUUGCUGCUUCUCGUUUUUAAUUCAGAUGUAUGUAUAUGACUUGACAUGAUUUUAUAUGAACAUGGUCACCAUGAUGUAAUGAGUGUGUGUAAACGUGUGUGCUGCAUCAAAUUACAUUAAUCAAAGACAUUGAUAAUACUGUUCUGCUCAUGAUAGUCUGUCCCUUUUUGUCUAACAGCUCACCCAGGUGGUUUGGACAAUGUCUCUGCAGUUUAAAAGCAGGUGCACCAAAGACACAUUUUCUUUGUGUAUAUCUCUAAGCUUUGUUGUUACAAACGUCAUACAGCAAUACUGUAAAUUCCUUGUGCUCUGAAUCGUGUGUGAUGGCCAGACGUGUGGGUGGAAAUGUUCAGUGGGACAUUAAAAUGUCUUUUCUAUGCCUAAAGUUGUUUUUUCAGAACAAAAGUUGUAUCAUAUUCUUGGUUUAAGUUAUAUAUGACUGGUUGCAACAAAGUAUAAGACAGGUUUAUGAAGCCAAAGAAGGAAAGCCAUAUAUAAACACAUUUGGGCACUGCUCUGUAAGCCCUGCUGUAAAGAUAACAUGGUGUUUCUUUCUCAUAAACACAAUGGAGACAAUUAUUUGAAGACUGUCUGUCCUAUUGUCUGUACUGUUCUUUUUGCAUGGUUUAUGUCUCCGCUAUUGGCACCAUUUUACAAUGUUAAUUUCACACAGUUGUUGUCUUGUGUUUAGAAUGGUUUAUAAAUGGUGUAUAAAGGUUCUGAACUUGUAUUUACUUCAGAGAUAGCCCUAUAUUUGUCAGAGAAUGUAACCCACAUGCAGAAGGAAGGGUGGUGAUGAUGCUGUGAACUUACAGCAUGAGGGUGAGCACAGUUUCAGCCUUAAUAGCUAGACCUGUAAUCAAGAGGCCUUUCCUGUCAUUGCAAGCUUGUCUCGUCUCAGUCAUGUUGCCCAGUGUUUGACGUAAAUGAAGUCCGCCCCUGUCUUUCUCUCCUGUAAAGCCGUUCUCAAAGGUGCUUCUGCAGUCUGUAUGAUAUGAUUGUCCUCUUUUCAGCAAGCGAUGUUUGUGCGAAUGAAAGAUACAUCUAUGUCUACAGUGUAACAAUGCAGGUCUAAUGUAUGUAAAUAUGUUUUAAAAUAUGUACAAUAUUUAAAUAAAGAAUCUAGUAUUUAUA